AAAGCUGCAGACAGUGUCACCUGGGAUCAUUAAAAGGGGACAAAAACACAUUUCACUGGGGCCUAACAGAUAGAUGCAAGGCUUCUAAUUAAAACAAAACAGCCCAAUAACACCACAAAACUCACUGCAGCACAAAAUCAAGCUAAGAACUCAGAGGACACCACAGGCAGUGGGGGAACGGCCGACCAAGGUCGAGAACCCCGUCCUUCGCCUCCUGAAGCAAAGUCACAAAUUUGGUGGUGAGCAGUCCCAGGCUCUUCUCGUGGCGGCUGGGAGUUUGAGGCUGCAGAGACUCGGCCAUGGCUCGCAGGGUUGUGGGCGGUCUGGAGCCUAUGGGUGCGAGGCAGGAACAACCCCGGAUGGGGUGUGAGCCCAUCGCAGGGCACACUCACACACCAUUCACUCACAUGUAGGAACGUGUUUUCGGACUGUGGGAGGAAACCAGAGGACCCAGAGGAAACCCCAUGAUGACAAGAUCUCGUGGACAUUGGUGAGGAUAGGGACAUGGAAUGACUGAUAGACCAUGAGUCUCACCUCACCACGGAGCUCCUGCUUCACUGACCCUGGACCUGCUAAGUGCUCGCAAACCUUCAGCUGCUGAUCUUCCUGCCAAUCUCAUGUUUCUCCUCACUAUCACUCAUGAAAAAGAUCCAGGGCACAUAGACUCGCUCACUAAGGGCAGAUUCCACCCCCCACCCCCCUUCCCACCUGGGAUGGCCAAUCUCCUCAUUUCCAAGACAGUACCUUAGCCUCAGAUUUGGAGAUUCUCAUACUCACUGUUCACAUUUAAUGGUUCUGUUGUUGUAUAAAACGACCUUCAGUUUGCGAUAAUGUUUGCUUGUCUGGUCUGGCAUGUAUGCACAGCAGCUUUUCACUUAUGAUACAAAGGGCAGUGGGAGGAGAGAAUGACUCUGUAUUUAAUGAGGUUGCAGACAGCAGUCAGGUAACAGUCAUCAUGGUUGGCACUCUGCUCCUGCUUUGGAUCGGAUUCUUCCUGCUUUUCUUCCUCUACAGGUCUCAGAGGCCCAAAAACUUCCCCCCAGGUCCACGCCCUAUACCACUCUUUGGGAAUCUGCUACAGUUAACCUUGGAUAAUCCCAUUGAGGACCUGAAGAAGCUGUCAGCGCAAUACGGGAAGGUUUUUUCUUUAUAUUUGGGAGGAAGGCCUGCUGUGGUAUUAAAUGGCCUGCAGGCAAUGAAAGAAGCAAUGGUCACCAAGUCUGUGGAUUUUGCAGGCAGACCCCAAGGUCUCAUGGUCAGUCACAUCACCGAGGGAAAAGGGGUCAUACUGGCUGACUAUGGUCCCAGCUGGAGGGAACACAGACGUUUUGCUCUCAUGACCCUCAGGAACUUUGGUUUGGGGAAAAAGUCAAUGGAAGAGAGGAUCCUGGAUGAAAUUUCGUAUGUUAUUACAUGUUUGGACAGAAGUGUUGGACAGUCCAUGAGCCCACAGACUCUAUUCCACAAAGCUGCUUCCAACAUAAUUUGUUCCAUCAUUUUUGGAAUUCGAUAUGAUCAUGACGACAAAUAUCUUCAGGAUAUUAUUCGUAUGUUCACAGGAAAUGCCAAAAUUUUCAAUGGACCAUGGGCUAUGAUCUACGAUGCUCUUCCCCUGGUCCGCAGCCUCCCACUGCCUUUCCAAAAGGCUUUUCAGAACACUGCGGUGUUAAAGAAGAUGGCUGCAGACAUGAUUGCUCAACACAAAAGCACGCGUGACCCCGGAGAGCCACGGGAUUUAAUUGACUGCUAUUUGGAUGAAAUAGAAAAGAGAGGUGACAAUGGAUCUCCUUUCUGUGAAGACCAAUUAAUAAUCUACAUUCUGGACAUCUACAUCGCUGGGACAGACACCACCUCCAACACUAUGCUGUUUGCUUUGCUGUACCUUAUGACCUAUCCAGAGGUUCAGGCAAGGUGUCAGCAGGAGAUUGAUACUGUGCUUGGGGACAAAACCAUUGUGUCUUAUGAGGACAGACACGAGAUGCCCUACAUACAGGCCACGAUCCAUGAAGCUCAGCGUCUCUCCAGCAUGGUUCCCUUCAGUGUCUUUCAUUCUACUACCAAAGACACCCAGCUUAUGGGCUACAACAUCCCUAAGGGAACCCUCAUUAUUCAGAACCUUUCCACUGUCCUGCAUGAGGAGGGCCAGUGGAAGUUCCCCCAUGACUUCAACCCCACCAACUUCCUGAAUGAGCAGGGCGAGUUUGUGAAGCCUGAGGCCUUCAUGCCCUUCUCUGUGGGGCCUCGUGUUUGUCUGGGGGAAAGCCUGGCCCGUAUGGAGCUGUUCCUCUUUCUGGUGACUCUGUUACGCCGUUACCAGUUUGUUUGGCCUGAGGAUGCCGGGGUGCCAGACCUCAGCCCUGUGUGGGGUGUGACGCUGUCACCGAAACCCUACAAGCUGGGAGUCAGGCUAAGGGGAGACAAGACAGGCUGAAGACGUCAUGGAAGCCAUUGGCUGCAUACCAAGCCUGACUCAUCCCAAUAAAGCAUGUGUGCUGUAUUCGACAAA